GUUACACAUUAUCCUGUUUCAUUUGAUAUGGUCUGAUGUAAGAAUAUCCCUUGCACGUAGGGAAGUAUUAUUUGGAAAUUGACGUCGCCACAUUAUUCUAGUUUCUGAAAGGGUUCUGCUCAAACCAUGUAUAGCUUUAGCAGCCUGCAAUCUCAGGCCGUGUAUCAGCUAUCCAACGUUGCCACUGUGCUGAGUAACUCGGCGCGCAAUGCCGGCAGCACACCACACAUGCUGAAGCGAUGUCACAGGAAAAACGAUGCAACUUGCACUGCCGCCGUCACGUCUGACCCACAGCUCAGCCGAAGCUUCGAAGUGGCGUUGGAGCAGUGCACGGAGCUUGGUCUAGCCGAGCUGCGGCGGAUACGUGAGCGCCUGCUAGCCGCGCUCGCACCGCCCGCGCUGCGGCCGCAGUGGCAGCAGGUGUCACACGUGUCCGGGGCGUCGUUCUUCGAGAACAAGCACGGGUUUGCGGCGGCUUCGGCGGCGGCGGCGGGCGCGGCGUACGCACACGUGGACUGCGACGUUCUGCUGCGACCGCUCUUCAACAACGCUGACAGACAGCAGAGACGGGGCAUCGUGACGGACCAGCGGCGAUACUUCAAGACAAAUCGGUCGGAGCGCGUGACGCGACUCUCGGGGGAAGCUGACGACGAGACGACGACGACGACGAAGAUACAGAUGCUCGGCCAGCUGACGGGUCUAACGAGCGCCGCGAAAGACGCGAAGGCGACCGGUACACUGCUCAAGAGCGUGGACAAGAAUGCGAAACUGAAGCAGAUUCUGGAAGCUGCAGAGAGCCUGUCUCCGCCAGCAGAAAGGAAAAGAGCCAGGUGGCGUUUGCCGAAGGGUAUAUGGUCGGCAACGACAAGUCGCGGGCCGGCAGCUCGAAGGUUCGCACGUUCAACAUGAUCCGCGACAUCAUGGGGAUCAUCCUCAUCGUCGCUCUGCUGGGAACGUUCGUCGGCGGACCGUUCCGGAAAGUUCUCAUAGGAAAUGGUAAUGAAGUUCAUCCCGAGGACAUAGACGUGUGUUUUGACGACGUUAAGGGUGU